AUGAGCGGCCAGGCCACCGUGCAGGCACAGCUCGAAGCCUCGCUCAAGGCCACUCUGCUCGACCUGUCGCGCAUCCUCGCCUUCCAGGCCCGCCUGCAGCAACAUGGCGUCGUGCAGUACGCCCCAGUAGCCCCGAGGCACCUCACCCAGGCACUCCAAGCCGACGCCGCCCAGUUUGCCGCCAUCUGCGACCACCUCGAGCACCGCGUCCUCAAGGCCAUCGCCACCCUCGAGCGAGACGCCCGUCGAGCCGCAGGCCUCUCGCCCGCCCGCCCCACCUCGCCUGCGCCUGCCGACCCUCCUGCACCUGUCGAGCCCGCCAAGCCAGCUGCGCCCGUCAACGACGACGGAGCCGACGACGCCAAGCUGCCCUUUUCCUUACCGACCGCGUCGACCUCGGCUCCAGUUGCAGCGAGUGCGGCACCGCCAGACGCGGCGACGAUGAAGCUCGACCUCACCCUCUCGCCCUCGCCACCUCCCGCCGCGUCAUCUACCACGACCAAUUCGACCCUCCCCUUCCAGCUGCCCGGGUCGUCCACCCUCCCGGCCUCGUCGUCGGCCAUGAUGCUCGACCUGACGGGCGACGACGCCGCGCCCCCGCCCGCGCCCGCUCCGACAAACGUCGCGCCCGACCUCGGUGGCGCCGACGCCAACGCCGACCUGAACGCGCUCCUCGCGUCGCUCAACAUGCCGCCGUUCGACAAUUCGCUCGCCUCGACGUCCCUCCCGUCCUCGUCGACCGCGCCCGCUCCCUCUUCCUCUGCACCCCAACCGGCCCCAGCCUCGACCACCUUCCCCGCCCUGUCGCUCGACGCGCUCAACGCGCUCCUCGCCGGCUCGGCACCGCCCCCCGCAUCCACCGCCCCGGCGCCGACGCACUCGAGCGCGCUCGAUUCGCUCGGCCUCUCGCUCGCGCCGCCCGCGCCCUCGACCGUGAGCGCCGCUCCAGCGCCGGACCUCUCGUCGCUCGACUUUUCGGCGUCGUCCUUUGGCGGGUUUGGCGGCGAUGCGGCAGGGACUGGAGCGGGAGGAGGAGGAGGAGCCGCAGGGGGAGGAGGGCUCGGCGACGGGUUCGACUUUACGAGCUUUGCGGCGGCGCCGAGCGGGAGCGGGGCGGGCGACGCGAGCCUCGAGGAGCUGCUCAGGAGCCUGGGCGGGGGGAUGUAGAGCAGGUGCAGUGCGAGGUCGAGCAGAGUG